UUCGUGGAUGAGCGAAGACAGUGAUAGUGAAGAAAACAACAUCAACAACGUUGAAUCGCAGCCGCGACCUUCAGAAGAGAAAAAUGCACUUUCAAAAAGUGCAAUUAACCAACUUGUAAAAUCAGUAGUCGCAGAGUCCAAGAAAUCCAGUAAUAGUGAGUCCACACCUCGUAUCACGAACGAAGCACGAGAUGCGCUGGCUACGUAUGGUGCUAUUUUCAUUCGUCAGAUUACAGACAAAGCUUUAACUCAUAGUAUGAAAAAGACAAUGACGUCAGGAAAUGUUUUCAGUGCCCUCAAAGACUCUGGUUUCGCUGAUUUAGCCCAGGAAUGCAGAGGUAUCGCAGAAAAGUCUAAAACAGCUCGAGAAGAUAACAGAAAGCGGAAGAAGUCUAAAAAAUUGGAAUCUUUGGGGAUAUCCGAAGAGGAGUUGCUGAGGCAGCAAGAAGCUCUUUUCGAAAAGGCCAGAAAGGAAAUGGAGCUAGAAGAUGAAGAAGUAAUGAAAUAUCAACACGAGUUGGAAUCUAUGAAUCUGCAACCAACGCCCGCAAAGCACAAGCCCCAGACAGCCGAAGUGGACGAGGAAGAUUUCGACAUAUGACAUUUUCCGCCUUGGCUGCCCGUUAUAAGCGUUGUAAAAGCGGUAAAAAGGGCAUCAGAUCAGGAAUAUGAAAAUGAGUAACGGGAGUUUUCGAUGUCUGUUUUCAAUGAAGCAAAGCCUAUUUUUCAAAUUUUGUGUUACUUAGUUAUAUCUCAAGUUUGAAUCUUGCCAUUAUUAUUUGUAGAAAUGUUCACUCUGUUUCAAUUCAAAAUUAAAUGAUGCUUCGAAA